AUGCUGGACAUGGCAGAGGCAUUCAAAAUCAGAUUGCUCCAGUCCACUCCUUAUUAUGCCCAAGCCAAUGGACAGGCGGAGUCAAGCAACAAAGUGAUCAUCAACAUUAUCAGGAAAAUGCUUGAGAAGAAUCCAAAACAAUGGCAUGAGAAGCUGUCAGAAACUCUGUGGGCAUAUAGAACUUCAAAAAGAGAAGCAACUGGCAUGACCCCCUAUGCGUUAACCUACGGUCAUGAUGCAAUUCUGCCUAUGGAGAUAGCUGUUCAGUCCCUCAGAAUUGCUCACCAACAUAACUUAGUAGGAGAGAACUACUCCCAGGCCAUGCUGCUGGAACUGGAAGGAUUGGAUGCAAGCAGAAUUGACACUCUCAACAAACUCCUGGCAGGAAAACAAGCUGUAUCAAGGGCUUACAACAAAAGAGUUAAGAACAAGAGUUUUGAAGAAGGAGAGAUAGUCUGGAAAGCGGUUCUGCCCCUUGGAACACAUGUGGCUGGUUAUGGAAAAUGGUCACCUACAUGGGAAAGCCCUUUCAUAAUCAAUCAGAUCCUUGGAAUGGGGGCGUAUAGGUUGCAGGACAGGGACGGAGAAAUUCAUACUGCCCCAAUUAAUGGCAAAUGGUUAAAAAAGUUUUAUCCAACCAUGUGGGAUUCGCAGGCUGUACAAACAGACCCUGGGAUAGACAUAAGACUACACUAA